AGUUAGAAAGUUUUGCAGCCUCCAGAGGGCUGUAGCGGCAGUAGCAGAAGCAGCAUCCAAGGGACUCCUGGAAGGGGAAGAGAGAGAGCGAGCGAGCGACUGACUCAGUCCUGCUGCAGAGAACUGACUCGAGGCGACGAAGGCAGACAUGGAACAUCAGCUGCUGUGCUGCGAGGUGGAGACCAUCCGACGAGCCUACCUGGAUGCCAACCUCCUAAAUGACAGAGUGCUGCAGACAAUGCUGAAGGCGGAGGAGACCUGCUCGCCCUCCGUCUCCUACUUCAAGUGCGUGCAGAAAGAAAUCUUGCCAUAUAUGAGGAAAAUAGUUGCCACUUGGAUGCUGGAGGUUUGCGAGGAGCAGAAGUGCGAAGAGGAAGUUUUCCCCUUGGCUAUGAAUUAUUUGGACAGAUUUUUGUCGUUUGAACCCCUCAAGAAAAGCCGAUUGCAAUUGCUGGGAGCUACCUGCAUGUUUGUGGCUUCAAAAAUGAAGGAAACUAUUCCUCUGACCGCAGAAAAACUGUGCAUUUAUACAGAUAACUCCAUUAGACCCGACGAAUUACUGCAAAUGGAGCUGCUGCUGGUGAAUAAGCUGAAAUGGAAUCUGGCUGCAAUGACCCCCCACGAUUUCAUUGAACAUUUCCUUACUAAAAUGCCUCUGGCAGAGGACACCAAGCAGAUCAUCCGUAAACAUGCUCAGACUUUUGUGGCUCUGUGCGCUACAGAUAUUAAAUUUAUUUCAAACCCACCCUCCAUGAUCGCAGCUGGCAGCGUGGUAGCAGCUGUGCAAGGCCUGCAUCUGGGGAACACUAACACUUUCCUCUCCUAUCAAUGCCUCACACAUUUCCUAUCACAAGUUAUCAAAUGUGAUCCGGAUUGUUUACGAGCCUGUCAAGAACAGAUUGAGUCCCUCUUGGAGUCCAGUCUACGCCAGGCACAGCAGCAAAACAUAUCUUCAGAAACAAAGACUGUAGAGGACGAAGCAGACCUCUCCUGCACACCUACUGAUGUGCGAGACGUGAACAUUUAAAGAGGACUUCUUCUUAAAUGGAUUUGUUUGGCAAGAAAAGCAGACAAGGGCAUCUGAGAAGGAAUCAGCAUCAGGAUCUCCCCCCCAGAAACCCUUUUCUCCAGGACAUUUUUAUACCAGAAGGGAAAACCAGUCUCAUUAUAUUUUUUCUUGCUCUGUCUCCCUUCCAUCUGUGACUUCAAACAAACAAAUAAACAAAAAAUACCCCAAAAACUGUCUUAAAAAAAGAAAAAAUAGUAUUUGCAUUACCCCCAGGGGUUUGUGCUACAAAAAUAGAGAAUUUUAUACAAUAAUAAUCAGCUAGGUUUUAUAUUAAAGUGUUCUUGUCUGUAUGUUGUAAAAAUAGGCAUUAACACAUGAAAUGUCUCCAGGGGAGGUAUUAGAUUUGAUUUCUUACAUAUAAAACAAACCAACCAACCAUUUUUAAAGUAGAAGAGGGUUUUUCUGUUCUGUUUUUUUUUUAGAUAGUGAAUAAAAUAUUCUUUUUCUUUAAAAAGCAUAGCUUUAAUGCAGUUCUAGGCUUUUCUGUAUCUUGCUUGCUUAUGCAUUUAGUCACUUUAUAAUUCAUCUGUAAAUGUUUAUUUUAUUUCCUUAGGUUUUUUUUUAUCCUCUUCACCUUAUAAAUGGUUAACGUAACCCAUAAUUUAGUGUAUGUUAGUAUUCAGCAUUAUUAUAUGUUAAUCUUUUUUUUUUUUUGUGCCUGUGGAUUGCCUGUGCAUUGAGGCAUUUGUAGGGUUCCAGCUUAGCAUGGUUGGGAAAGGCCAAUCUACUACCCGUACAGGACCCUAGUAUAAAGAGAAACUGAAAUAGUGACAUAAUAUAUUAUAUUUUUGCAAUCUUCCUAUUUUUCUAGUUACCUGUGUAAAAAUGCUAGUCUGACCCCACAGAUAUUCAGCCUAGUUAUGGUCAGGUUCAAUCCACAGUUCAGUCUUUUUUUUUUUUUGUUAGUUUGUAAUAUUCUAAAACCAUUCCAUUCAAAGCACUUUCAGUCCAUUAGAUAUAGGAAAUACAUUCUUUUAUUGUGUGGGAAUUAUUUUUGUUUGUUUGUUUGUUUUUUAAUGGAAUGGUUUGGAAAUAUAUAAAGUGCUUGUUGGCAAACUUGGAAUUGCAAAGCAAGUGCAUUUAACUAUGGUGUUAGAGGAGAGGUGAUUCUUUUUUUCUGAAGGUUGUGUUCCAGUGAGAGAAAAUUGCAUUCACAAUUUGCCAGGAUAUCUUCCUUUCCUUUUCUAUAGAAAAGUUUGAAGUUUAGAAUCCUUUGGUGCCAACUCAUCUUUAUAAAUUAGGGGCCUUAAAGGUUCACAUAUAGGACACAUAGUUUUAAGGAUUAUCGCUAGAUGAUUUUACAACUGAAGGUUUUUAAACACUAAAAUAUAUAAUUUAUAGUUAAGGCUAAAAAGAAUAUUUAUUGCAGAGGAUGUUCGUAAGGCCAGUAUGAUUUGUAAAUUAAUGCAAUCGCCCCUUUUGAAAAAGAAAAUCUUUCUACCCUUGAUGUUGCAGUUUUAACCCAGCUUAUUAAAGCAAAAAAGGACAUGCUUCAAAGAACAAACCCAAAACCAAGCAGUCUAUUUGGCCCCUUCCUAUACAUUUUCAAAAGCAGUCUAACCAUGAAAAAACGCCAUAGUUAAUAGAUAGGAAAAUUGGAGUACUUGAAAGAAGUUUUUAUUCCAGUAUAUGCCCCCCUUUUUUGUUUAUUUAGCUACAACUAGAAAAUUUGCACAUCUUGGCUAUGUAUCUUUUUUAUUAUUAUUUUAGAAAGUAGCUGAAGGGACGUGGACAUAGCUGUUGAAGUUGAUGCUCGAGGUGAAUGUGAUGGUAAAAUGUAUGUGAGAAAA